CCUUUACGGAAAUGACGUAAUGUUAUUAUUCCAGGAAGGGGGCACGGGGAAAGCACUGAACUGCGUCAACAAUUGUUUCUGUGAUACGUUGGGAUUUCAGCUGCUGCCCAACAUGACAACUAGCCGCUGCUGAGUGGAUUUUAUGGCACUGCUCCUGGAUAGGACAUUGUUAAGCAACAACAUGGACACGUCAAAUUUUGCCCACGUCAUCUUCCAGAAUGUGGGGAAGAGCUACCUGCCCCAUGCUGCGUUGGAGUGUCACUAUACCCUGACACAGUUCAUCAAACCGCAUCCAAAGGACUGGGUUGGCAUUUUCAAGGUUGGUUGGAGCACAGCGAGGGACUAUUACACAUUCUUGUGGUCGCCUCUCCCUGAGAACUAUGUGGAAGGCACUGCAGUGAACAGAACAGUGGUCUUUCAGGGGUACUAUGUUCCCAAUGAUGAUGGCGAGUUCUACCAGUUUUGUUAUGUGACCCACAAAGGGGAGAUCCGAGGGGCCAGCACACCAUUUCAGUUCCGUGCCAGCAGCCCCACAGAGGAUGAGCUGCUGACUGUGGAAGAUGAAUGCAACUCUGACAUCCUGGUGGUCACCACGAAAGCUGGCAUUCUCGAGCAAAAGGUGGAAGAAGUGCAACGGGAGAAAGAUGAGUUGCUUAAAAACAUGGCCCUCCUGCAGCAGGAAAAGGAGGAACUGGAGGCUGAGAAAGAGAGCCUGCAGAAGGCGUGUGAGCAAGAGAAGGAGAACUGUGCUCAGCUGAGAAGAGAGAACCAAGAAGUGCAGCAUUCUUCCCAGGCCCUGCUGGAAGAGAAAGAGGAGGUAAAGAGGAGACUGGAUGAGGCCACAGCCAGAAUCAUACAGUUGGAGGAAGAUCUGAUUGGAGUGACACAGAAAGGCAUUCAAAAGGAAACAGAGCUAGACAGUCUUAAGGACAGACUUAAGAAACUUACAGCAGAGAAGGAGGUUCUUGAAUCUCAUCUUAAGAAUGAAAAAGAUGAGAAGGAACUCUACAAGAUUCACCUGAAAAACCGGGAGCUGGAGAACACUAAGUUGAGUGCGGAGCUGCAGAUGUUGAAGUCUGUGGACGUAAACAAGGAAAACGCCAUUGCCCAGUUUAAAGAGGAGGUGGGGCGCCUCCAGGCUUGCCUCACUGAGAAGGACAAACAGUACAAAGAGAUCCUGGCCAAAGUUUCCACCUUGGGAGAUGUGAAAGCCCUGAAGGAGCAGCUGCGGCAGAAGGAAGAACAGCUCCAGGCUAACCAGCAGCAGUCCUCUUUGCUGGCUGCCGAGCUGAGAGAUGCCUCCAGUGCACGCGAUCGUACAAUGUCUGAACUGUACCGCAUUAAACUUGAGGCUGACAACCUCCGCCAAGCCAAGGCUGAAACUCAGGCCCAGUGCGUCCGCCUGGAAUGCCUGGUGGAGCAGAUGAAGGCAGAGGCCACGCAGGAAGCAGCCAAAGCAGAGGACGAAGCUGCUGCAGACCCAGCUGUUGUAGCAGAGCUGCAGAGAGAGGUGGAGGAUCUAAAGCUGCGGCUGCACAUGGCUGCAGAACACUACAAGGAAAAAUAUAAGGAAUGUCAGCGACUGCAAAAACAAGUGCUGAAACUCUCUGAACAGCAAGGGGAGCUGAAGAGAAGCUCUGCCCAAGAAAUGAUGGCAGUUCUUCCAUCGGGGAGUCCAGACACUUCUGUGCCAGGAAGUCCAGGUUCUGCUGAUCCAAUGUUGGAAGCCAUCAUCCAGGAGAAGCUGAAAGGCAUCAGCAGAGAGGCGUCGGACAGGAACGACAAAUACAGAAAAUGCAAGCAGAUGCUGAUGGAGGAGAAGGAGCGUAGCUGCAUGUUUGCUGAUGAGCUGGCCAAGAUGGAAGUGAAAUUUAAAGAGCAACUGAAGACCAACGAGAACCUGAAGCUGCAGCUGGCAGCAGAGGAAGAUCGUUAUAAGAGCCAGGUAGCUGAGAAGGGACGGGAGCUAAAGGAGCUUAAGGACACACUUGUGGUUGUUAUGAAGGAGAAGGAAAAACUGGAGGGGGAGCUCCAGAAGGGCAGCAGCAGGAAGGGAGAUCAGGGGACCAGUGAGAAAACCAGUCUGGAGAACCUCCAGUCCAGUGUGCCUUUAUUCCUGCAGUACCCUGUCCCGUAUGCACAGGAUACCCCUACCCCUCUGUUGGUUUCUCAGAGCCCCAGCAAGCUGCAUUUUGGGAACCCUUACUCCAUCUCGGACUCAAAAGAUGAUGCGGAUGAGUUCUCAGAUGACCAGCCACUUAGGCUGCCCCCUGUAGGCCCGCCAUCCUGGGACAGCAAUGUGGUGUGUAUCCAGCCUACCCGCAACCACAGCCGGCCAGAAGGCCAUGAGGAGUCAGAGGAAAAGCAAAACAAUAAUGGUAAUACCAGCGAACAGCCCACAGUAACUGAAACUCACAGCACAUUUGUGAAUGAUGGACAAAAUGCCUUCUGCUUUGAUCCCAGCAUGGACAUGAAACGAUGUCCCCUCUGUGAGGUCAUCUUCCCACCCAACUAUGACCAGAGUAAGUUUGAGGAGCACGUGGAGAGCCACUGGAAAAUCUGCCCUAUGUGCAGCGAGCAGUUCCCGCUGGACUGCGACCAGAAAGUGUUUGAGAAUCACGUGCUUACUCACUUCGACAGCCACCCGCUAAACUUCGACUAGAUAAACAGAAAAUCAGCACAUCCAGUCUGCUUACUUCCUGUCAACCACUCACAACACUUUUCUUUUUUUUUUUUUUGCAUGUAAUGGUGUGAAGAUCCUCUCUUUAGGACUAUACUGAAUUUUGCUUCUUUUUUUUCUUUUUUUUUUUUACUUCACCUUAGAGAAAUACUUGGAGCUGAUUUAACAUUUAAAAAUGAAAAUGAUUCAGUGACAUGGCAGGGCUACCAAAUUUGUUUUCACACCAUUUUCUUUCUUUUAAGGUGGAAGGUUUCAUUUAAUUUGGAUUUUAAGGAUACUUUUGGGGGAUAAGACUGUUGUACGCAUAUAUACGGACUUUAAACGGACAGAUCUGUUAGUCCACACGAUGUAAUGAAUCAGGGAAAGAGAUAAGUGUUUACCAAACUUACAUUUCAAACAUGCAGCCAAAUCUGCCCCCUUACACUGUACAAGUCAUUUAGUCAGUCUUUACAGACAGCAACCUUGGUGCACUAUAUGCAGUCAGGGAGAACUCUUCAGUGAUUAUAUCCAUACAUGAUUAUACAGUAUAUGCUCAGAUCAUCUAUUUUAGAAUAAUUAAAGCCAACAAUAUUGUGACAGCCUUGAUAAUUUAUGUACGACUUUUAGGUUUCCUUUUCUUUGAGUUUGAAUUAUUUAAUUGUGUCUGAAUCUUUAAGAACUUUCAUAUCAUCAGCUAAUCGCUGCAUGCCGAGCUUCUGUUGACCUUCCUUUUGUUCUUUUCUUUUACAGUAAUAACUUAUUUCAUUCAUAGAAAUGUUUCAUUAGUUUAGUGAGUUCCAUGUAUCUAAAACGAAUUAAUAAAAUCUGUCUAAAACUGAA